AUGGAGGAGCUCACCAAGACCCUCAAGAGCUUUGGCCUGGACUCGGUUCCCCAGGAGCCAAACACAUACCCCGACCUCAAUCCCUUCGACAUCUACCGCAGCCACAUCACCGAACUGCUGGCAGAAGUUUCUGGCGUCGACAAGAAGAUCAUCUACCCCACAUUGGCAUGGACAGCGAAGCCUGAGAACGGCGACCUUCAGCUUGCUGUCCCUGCACUGAGGCUCAAGGGCAAGGACCUAAAGGCAUAUGCGCAGGAGCUGGCAGACAAGUUCCCUGAGAGCCCGCUCGUUAAGAAGCCUGUCGUCACCGGCACCUUUGUCGGCUUCUUCUUCAAGCCAGAGUCGCUCACAUCCAUUGUUCUCCCCUUGAUCUUCAAGGCUGGCCAGAGCUAUGGUUUCAACAAGAGCUUUGGGCUGAAGGAGAAUGGCUUGAAGAAGAAGAUGGUCAUCGACUUCAGUUCGCCCAACAUCGCCAAGCCCUUCCACGCCGGUCACUUGCGCUCUACAAUCAUCGGUGGUUUCCUGUCAAACUUGUACGAGGGUAUGGGCUGGGAGGUCGUCCGUCUGAACUACCUCGGUGACUGGGGCAAGCAGUACGGUGUCUUGGCCAUUGGAUUCGACUACUUUGGCUCUGAGGAGGAGCUUGUUAAGAACCCCAUUGGCCACCUUUACGACAUCUACGUGAAGGUCAGCAGCAUCCAGAAAGAGGAGGCGGACAAGAUCAAGGUACUGAAGGCCGAGGUCGCCAAGGACAAGGAAGAGGGCAAGGACACAUCAGAGAAGGAGGCGGAGAUUACAAAGAUCGAGACCGAGGGUAUUGAUGAGCAGGCUAGGAAGUACUUCAAGGGUAUGGUCGACGGCGAGCCCAAGGCCAUUGGUAUCUGGAAGCGCUUCAGGGACUUGUCCAUCGAGAAGUACAAGCAGACAUAUGCUCGCCUGAACAUCCAUUACGAUGUUUACAGUGGAGAGUCGCAAAUCAAGGACGAGAGCAUGGACCUUGGUAUCAAGGUCAUGUGGGAGAAGAAGGUUUGCGAGGACUCUGAGGGCGCCGUCAUUGUCGAUCUCACCAAGCACUCGAAGAAGCUUGGAAAGGCUGUCGUUAAGAAGAAGGACGGUACAUCACUAUACCUCACCCGUGAUGUUGGUGCUGCGUACGAGCGUAUGCAGACCUACCACCCUGACAAGCUGAUGUACGUCAUCGCCUCGCAACAAGAUCUCCACCUCGCCCAACUCUUCAAGAUCGAAGAGCUUAUGGGCUGGAAAGACAUAUCCUCCAUCUCCCAGCACAUCAACUUCGGCAUGGUUCUCGGUAUGUCGACACGAAAGGGCACAGCCAAGUUCCUCGAUGAUAUCCUCCGUGAUGUCGGCGAGAAGAUGCACGAAGUCAUGCGCGGCAACCAGGCCAAGUAUGAGCAGGUUGAGGACCCUGAGAAGACAUCUGAUACCCUCGGUAUCAGCGCUGUCAUGGUCCAGGACAUGAAGGGCAAGAGGAUCAACAACUACAAUUUCGACAUGGACCGCAUGACAUCGUUCGAGGGUGAUACGGGGCCGUACUUGCAGUACGCCCACGCUCGUCUUUGCUCGAUCUACAGGAAAGCUGUUACUGCCGACCCCUCGCUGGAGAAGCUGGACUUUGCUACUGUCCAUCUAAGCGAGCUGCAGGAGCCACACGCUGUUGACCUCAUCCGCCAACUCGCCUCAUGGCCGGACACGUUCCUCAACACAUUCAAGACACAAGAGCCUACUACAGUUCUGACAUACCUGUUCAAGAUGUCGCACGCUGUCAGCGCGAGUUACGACCACCUCCAGGUUGUCAGCAGCGACCAGAAGGUCAACGUUCCCAGGUUGGCGUUGUAUGUUGCGGCUAGGCAGGUGCUGAACAACGGUAUGAGGGUUCUUGGUCUCAGCCCGGUCGAGAGGAUGUAA